UGGGCGUGCCGUGGGCGGCGCUCGGGCGGGAGGCGCGCCCGGCGCGGGAGAGCCGAGCGGGACAUGGCCGAGGCGGGGCCGCUGCCGCCCGCCGCGGUGCCCGAGGGCUCGCCCGGCGCCGAGCCCCGGAGGGUCCGCCGCGGGAGCGAGGGGUCGGGGUCGCCGGAGCUGCCCGGCGGCGACACGCGGGAGCUGCUGGAGGAGGUGGAGAUGCAGAUCGACGACGCCGCCUUCUCGCUGGCGAAGAUCCUGGAGGCGACGUCGGCCGUGUCGGCCCAGGUGGAGGAGCUGGCCACCAAGUGCUCGGAGAACGCCCGGUUCCUCAGGACGUGGCGGGACCUGCUGAGGGAGGGCUACGAGUCGCUGAAGCCCAGCGGCUGACGCCGGCCCUGCCCGCCGAGCCGCCCGCUCGGGGCUCCUUUCGACCGCCGCCCCUAGGGACCUCGCGUGGGGUUCUGUUUUCCCCCAGAGUUCUUUCACAAAUACUUGAGGGCUCUCGUAUGGAUGUUUUAUGUUAGUCUAUCCAAUAAAAAAAAACUUUGGUUAGGGAAUCGGUUUUGCCUUUUAGAUUCUUCGUUGAAGCUCAAGCGAUCUCUUACUCUCCUAUUUUUUCUCUCUCUUUUGCGCUAACGUGGUAGAUACAAAGUUAGUAUGAGUGCUACGUUCAGAACUCAGUACUGGUAGGGAAGUGGUGUCCUAUGAUAAAAAAUUGUCAGCCCUCCUUUUUAAGAGCUGUCACCGGCAGAAACCCUGCCAACCCCAGAGAAACUUCAACUAACUUCAUCUUUUUGUUACACGUACUUUUUCGUCACUUUGAGUAUGGGACAAUGCAACAAGUUGUGGCUUAUUUAUGAGCUGUAGAAAAAUCCUAUACACCAAAUCUUACUAUUUUUAGCAGUAUUGCAAGUAUGUCUAUAAAGCUGCAGAUUAUUUUUUGCAAGAUGUUUUAUUACUGCAAACAAUUUUACCCAACCUUUAGUUGUAAUUAAGUGCCUUAUGAUGAACCCUGUAUCUCUUCAGGGUAGGAAUUUAGCAGCAUUUACUGAUAGGAUGGAUUAUUUUGAACUGUAAGUGAAAGCUUCUAUUGGAAUAGGAUCUGUGACAUGUAUUCUCCCGUCUCUGGGGAAGCACCUCAGAGGUUUUCAGCUCUGUCCUAUUUUUUAUCUUUGCCUUAAGCAGUGACUAGUUUGAUAGUCUAGAGCUUACUGUUAAUAGCACCUUUUGGUCUGAAGGAUGGCUGAUCUGUAAUAAAUAGCUGUCCUGACACUCCUGUACCUUAGCCAGGCACUGUGGAAAAAAGUAAUGCUGAGAUGCAACGGCAGGCUGCAGGAGAAUGUGACUCUGCCAUGACUUGUUAGCAGGCCUUAUUUUCACUUAUAGGACUUUGAGAAAGACCCGCUGUAGCUUGCUUAUCAAAGCAAUAAAGAAGUUGCAAAAAUUAUGAAGUAUUGUCUAUUAUGGUGUUACUGAUAGAAACAAAGGUGACAGUGGAUAUAACCAUAAUCACGUGUAGUGAAAAACAAGUAAUGGCAAGGUCAGGGAUCCUUGCACAUCCCACCAAAGGCAGUUGCAGUCCUUGAGAGGGCUUGGCCCCUGCUGAGUAAGGAACUUCUAUUGAAUUGAGUUCUAAUUGUCCGUGGCAGGAUUUUGCUUAGGUGUUUUUAACCCCUACAACCCGAAAUGUUGCUAAACAGCUUGGAAAAGAAGUCGUUUUGUUCAGCAGAUAAUAUUUUAUUUCAGUAGACAUACAGUAGUGGAAACAAGAUGCUUAACAAUCUUCAGUUUCAAAUCCAAAGAUAAUCCAAGGUUCUGUAAACAAUUGAAGUGUGAGCCACACUUUUUCAAAAUUCUACUUCUUAUACUGCUAAGAAGUUAAGUGCAAACAUUGGAAGUAUCUUUUAACUUAAUUUUAAAUAGUUUCAAAUCAAUGCAAAAAAAAGCUUUUUUUACCUUUUUGGGCUUCUAGGCCAUCAGACUGAAUACGGUACUGAAAGAAGAAGGGAAGUUGUAAUAAUUCAUAAUAGAAAAGAUUAUUUUCAGUAAGAAUGUGUGAAGGAACUGCCUCUAGGGGAUUGUUUCAUAUGGGAUAUUUUUUAUUUUACACUUGUAAUUCUGGGAAGUAAAAUAAUGCUUCAAAAAGUGCUGAAUGGCUGUGGUCUUUAAGUUACUUU